AUGGAGACGCGUGUGGCAGGUCUAAGUAGGCUGAUGCCUAAUGUGGGCGGUCCAUCGUCGUGCAAGAGGCGUUUGUUAGCACUGGUGGCGCAUUCCAUAAUAUUUUACGCUGCCCCUGUUUGGGCAGGUGUUUUGAGGAUAAAGAGAUAUCGGGACAUGCUGAUAAGCGCUCAAAGGAUGUCGCUGAUCAGAGUUAUCAGCGCGUAUAGAACUAUUUCGGCAUCGGCCGCGCAAGUCAUAGCAGGGGUUCCCCCAAUACACCUUCUAGUUGAGGAAAGGGCUAAAAUGUACGAGGAGCAAAGCCCGAGUCCGGAUAGGGAGGCCACUAUAAGAGCGUGGCAGUUAGAGUGGACGGAAAAUGAGGACGUGGCCAUUUGGACGCGGAGUCUGAUCAAGGAGGUGGGUCCUUGGAUGGGGUGUGCCCACAGAAAUGUGGACUAUUAUUUAACACAGAUUUUGUCGGCGCAUGGUACGUUUGGUAGCUACCUCAAGAGAAUCGGGAAGAAACCUGACGAUCAAUGCACGGAGCUUGAUGUGGAAAAUCUAAUCCCGAUUAUGCUGGGAUCAAAGGAAAAUUGGAAGGUAAUACACACCAUGAUUAGGAACGUUAUGAAACAAAAGGAGGAGGAUGAUCGUAGCAUGCGAUAA